CCCAGUCCGUAGAUCCAUCUUUCUGAUGCUGUACUGUAAAUUUAUUUCACCUCAGAGAGUAAACAGAUAUAUUGGAGCCCCAAGGGUUCAUGGGUAGCGUAUUUACAAAGGAGCGUCUCCGCCAGCCCGUGCCACCGCUGCUAAUGAGAGCGGUCAUUAAGUAAAUGAGACGUCGCCUUUAGCUGGCUUAGGAGUUCGACACUAAGGGGAGAAGAUAUUUAAUUGAAACCCUCGCAUAGGCUUCCCCACAUGUGAUGCGAGAAGGAGCCAGCUGCCUUCCUUCUCCUCCUCCUCCUCCUCCUCCCGGCCAGCCUGCACCCCCAUGUAAAUUUCAUGACUGCCUUCGUGAUGUCAUUUUGAAGGAGGACAGACAAUAGCAGUAGGGAAAGAAAAUGAAUUCCGGGGCGAGCUGCUGAGGCAGAGGUGGACACGUGCAGACAAGGGCAGCGUUGCCAGCUCUUCCAGACUCCUCGUGGGUGGACACGGCGAGAUGAGCUUGGACAACGAUGAUAAAAGAGCUCGAACCCGAUCCAAGGCCCUCCGAGCCACUCCAGAGCCUGCAGUUGCUGACCUCAGUCUGCAGAGCUGCCCCCUGGCCAAGAAGAGAAACAUGGAGGGUGCGGAGACCGAGCACCUGGUGUGCAAGCGGAAGUCGCUACCCCUGAAGCUGGCAUUGGACGAGGGCUGUGGCCUGGAGAGCGAGGGCAGUGAGGACGCCGGAGUGAAGGACGCCUCUGUCUCGGAUGAAUCGGAAGGAACUCUGGAGGAGGAUGAAGCCGAGAUGUCAGGACAGGAGGAUAUUCAUCGCUCGGAGCCAGCUGAAGGAAGGAACCCUGCCAGGUGCCACUCUGCAUCCACCUCCCUCAGCAGCCGCGGCUGUGCAGGCCCCUCUGAGGGCAGCUACAGCAGCUACCAGGAAAUCGUCGCCGCUUCUCUCUUGAACCUGGGCCAGAUCGCCAAGGAGACCUUGAUCCGGGAGGACUCGGGCCAGGCCUCCAAGCAGGGCCCUGGCAUUGUGCACCUGGUUGAGGAAGAGGCUGAGGAAGGGACCAGCAGUGAUGAAGGUGAGAAGGAGGUCUUCAUCCAGCCCGAGGAUGCUGAGGAGGUCAUCGAGGUCACCAGCGAACGCUCACAGGACCUGUGUCCCCAGUCCGUGAAAGGAGUGGCUAGAGAGGAAUCCAACAAGCAGAAGGUCACCCUGGGCCAGGAGGAGGAUGAAGAGGAAGAGGAGGAGGAGGAGGAGGAAGAAGAGGAAGAGGAGGAGGAAGAGGACGAUGAGGACGAGGAGGAGGAGGAGGACGAAGACGAAGACGAUGAGGAGGAGGAGACUGACCCUGAUGUGAUCUGCCAGGAGGAUAUACCCAACACCUGCGCCCCGAAGGGCCCUGUACCCCGCUGUGCUGCACUGCCCAGCCCUAAGCCCGAGUAUUCUGUCAUCGUGGAGGUGCAUUCUGACGAUGGCAAGGAUGAGGACGCAGGUUCCCAGAAAUCGACCGUGACUGAUGAGUCGGACAUGUAUGACAUGUUGACACGUGGGAACCUGGGCCUCCUGGAGCAGGCCAUUGCCCUGAAGGCCGAGCAGGUGCGCAUCUGUGAGCCUGGCUGCCAGCCCGCCGAGCAGGGCCACCCCGGGGAGCCAGGAAAGGGGGCACGGCCGCAGGACUCCGCUCGGAAAAACUAUUGCAGCAAAGAUCCCUCCAGAACUGAGAAGCGUGAGAUCAAGUGCCCGACUCCAGGCUGCGACGGCACAGGCCAUGUGACAGGGCUGUACCCCCACCACCGCAGCCUGUCUGGCUGCCCCCACAAGGACAGGAUCCCCCCUGAGAUACUGGCCAUGCAUGAGAAUGUGCUGAAGUGCCCCACGCCCGGCUGCACGGGGCAAGGCCAUGUGAACAGCAACCGCAACACACACAGAAGUUUGUCUGGGUGUCCCAUUGCUGCUGCUGAGAAACUGGCCAAGUCUCACGAGAAGCAACAGCCGCAGUCAGUAGACCCUUCCAAGGGCAGCUCCAGCUCAGACCGAACUCUCAGACCCAUGUGCUUUGUGAAGCAGCUUGAAGUUCCUCCAUAUGGAAGCUACCGGCCGAGUGUGGCCCCCAGCACGCCCAGAGCCAACCUGGCCAAGGAGCUGGAGAAAUUCUCCAAGGUGGCCUUUGACUACGCAAGCUUUGAUGCUCAGGUGUUUGGCAAACGCAUGCUUGCCCCAAAGAUUCAAACCAGCGAAACCUCACCUAAAGCCUUUAAAUCCAAACCUUUCCCAAAGGCCUCUUCCCCUGGGCACAGCCCCCGCACUUCACCCUCUUGUACAGGCUUCGAUUACGCACAGGAUGCUGAGGCCGCACACAUGGCUGCGACCGCCAUCCUGAACCUCUCCACGCGCUGCUGGGAGAUGCCUGAGAACCUCAGCACCAGGCCGCAGGCCCUGCCCAGUAAGUCUGUGGACAUCGAGGUGGAUGAAAACGGAACCUUGGACCUGAGCAUGCACAAGCACCGCAGGCGGGAAAACACCUUUCCCGGCAGCGGCAGCAGCAGCAGCAGCCCCGGUGUGAAAUCCCCAGAAGCCUGCCAGCGCCCUGGUAGCACAAGUGCCCCGAGCAGCUCCAUGACCUCGCCCCAGUCCAGCCAGGCCUCUCGGCAGGAUGAGUGGGACCGGCCCCUGGACUACACCAAGCCCAGUCGCCCACGAGAAGAGGAGCCCGAGGAGUCAGAGCCAGCAGCCCAUUCUUUUGCUUCUUCUGAAGCAGAUGACCAGGAAGUGUUGGAGGAGAACCUGGAGGAGCGGAAGUACCCCGGAGAAGUCACCUUGACCAAUUUUAAGCUGAAGUUUCUCUCCAAGGACAUAAAGAAGGAACUGCUCACCUGUCCCACCCCCGGCUGUGACGGCAGUGGCCACAUCACCGGGAACUAUGCCUCCCACCGCAGCCUCUCUGGUUGCCCUCUUGCUGACAAGAGCCUCAGAAACCUCAUGGCUGCCCAUUCUGCUGACCUCAAGUGCCCCACGCCUGGCUGCGAUGGCUCUGGCCACAUAACAGGGAACUACGCUUCGCACCGAAGCCUGUCAGGAUGCCCUCGUGCUAAGAAGAGUGGAGCCAAGGUGACACCCACGAGAGAUGACAAGGAAGAUCCGGAGCUGAUGAAAUGCCCUGUUCCUGGCUGUGUGGGGCUUGGUCACAUCAGUGGCAAAUAUGCAUCUCACAGAAGCGCAUCUGGCUGUCCGCUCGCUGCCCGGAGGCAGAAGGAGGGGUCUCUCAAUGGCUCAUCUUUCUCUUGGAAGUCUUUGAAGAAUGAGGGGCCCACCUGUCCCACUCCAGGCUGUGAUGGCUCUGGUCAUGCCAAUGGGAGUUUCCUCACCCACCGAAGCUUGUCUGGUUGUCCCAGAGCCACUUUUGCUGGAAAGAAGGGAAAAAUCUCAGGGGAAGACGUUCUCAGUACCAAGUUCAAGACCAGCGAUGUAUUGGACAAUGAUGAGGACAUCAAACAGCUGAACCAGGAGAUCCGGGACCUGAAUGAGUCUAACUCCGAGAUGGAGGCCGCCAUGGUCCAGCUGCAGUCCCAGAUCUCGUCCAUGGAGAAGAGCCUGAGAAACAUUGAGGAGGAGAACAAGCUCAUUGAGGAGCAGAACGAAGCCCUGUUUCUGGAAUUGUCAGGCCUAAGCCAGGCCCUCAUCCAAAGUCUUGCCAACAUCCGCCUUCCACACAUGGAGCCAAUCUGUGAGCAGAACUUCGACGACUACGUGAGCACUCUCACCGACAUGUAUUCCAACCAGGAGUGCUACCUGGACCCCGAAAACAAAGACCUCCUGGAGAGUAUCAAGCAGGCUGUGAGAGGAAUCCAGGUGUAGGCUUUGCUGUCCCAGGAGCUGUCUUGCCAGUGCGGGGUGCAAGCCACGCCACCCCAAAUUCCUAGCUCCAUCAUUACCUCCCUUGCCCUGCCUGCCCCGUGGAGACCCCCAACUCACAGUGACCUCUCGUUGACAGCCUGGGUGCCCUCAGGGGGCUUAUCCAAAGGGGGCUUGCAGCUCACUGUCUCCCUUGAGGUGCUCGCCAGGCGGUGGCCUCUAUGCCCCAUGUGAAUGGGGGAACAAAGUAUUACAAAGUGAUUUAUUUUUGUUUUCUGAAAGAAAUCUGAGGAGCAGCUCGAAGUCUCCAGUGGAAGCUCAUGGACAAGGUUCUCAGGGAAGUUCUGGAGUUUGCAGCCACAGUAUUUGUCUGUCGAGGCGGGAGGGCAGAGUGCCCGGCGCUGUGGGUGCGUGUGAUGGUGCGGCCUGGCCGGGCAUCUGUUCUGUGAGGCCCGUCUGGCAAGUGUGUUUUCUGUUUUCAUUUCACUCCGUUCUGUGUUCAGGAUGGAACAAAGCUCAGUUCCAGAGGGUCAGUUAGGGGUAGACCGGCAGCCCCAUUGACCUGGGGCACCCCUCAAGUCAUCCCUGCUGGUUCCACUUUCAAGCAUCCAUGUCCAAGGGAGAUGACAGGAACCCCAAGGCCUCACAGGCAUGGGCUGGGCCAUUCUCCACUUGGAGCUUGGCCUUCACACCCACAAAGGGUCAGGGUUCACCUCUCCGUGUCCUCUCAGGACCCUGACCAAUCACCACUGCACUCCCCGGUCACAGCUGAGCUGGACCAGGGAGGACAGAUCAGAAAAGUCAGGGCGCAUCCCUCAUGACAGACCACCCAUUGUCCUUCUUUUUAGUCAUUCAAGAUGUUACAAAAGGUAAAUUUUAAAUUCAGUGUGUUAAAAACACCAUGUCCUAACGUGUAAAUAGAGUCCACAUUGAUUGUGACUGCAACUUCCAAGUUAGUAUUUAAACGUAGAAGAAAUGGCGCUUCUUGGAAGAAAUUUUUUAAAGUAGUUAGUUUAAUUAUUGUGUAAAUUAUUUGAUUUUGUCAAGAUGUAAGUAUUUAUAUUCACGACCUCUUAUGUUCAUGUUUGCUAUUUAUUUAACCUUUUUAUUUAUUAAUUUUAUACUCUUUCAACUAGACCCCUCUCCCCUCCACCAGGGCACCAUGAGAAGAAAAGAAAUAAAAUCGAAGCAAAAUUAACUCUACUAUGACAGGCUUUCCCCCAACCUUCAAGUUCUUGCUAUAACUUCUAGCUAUAAUUUUGAUGGGACCAAGCAUUUUCAUAUAUUUUUAUUUAUUCUUUGAAUAAUGGAAUUUUUUAAAAUGUUUUUUGUAACAGGAAUUUUGAUAAUUUGAGGAUUUUUUUCCAUCCCUUGUUCCAAUGGAGACAUCAAUUUUUUUUGGGUUUCUUUUGUCCCUUUCACUUCCUUUGGUUUUAGGCACGGACAACAGCAGAUGGAGUUGUGUGUUCUUUCGUUGUGUGUAGGCAGAUGUGUGUGCCCUGCGUGUUCUUGUGUCGCGUCUGUGUGCCAGUUCUCGAUGGCUGAGUCAUGUUGCUGUGAGGGAAGCUGGCUGCCGCUGGCCCCGACAGUUCCAGUACUGUGAUCCUCCUUCCUCAGGAAACCCGUGCAGCCCAGACAUAGCACUUCUCGGUGUGUCGCAGGGUGACUUCCUAAUAAAAUCUCGCGUGACUGUGA